UCUUCCGAGAAGUGUAUGUCACGUGACUUGAUUGCGUUUUGAGCGCAUUUUGCAGUUGCAGAACAACUUGUAAAUAGUGAUUGUACAUAGACAUUGUAAAGAUGAGUACAGUAAACCGCGCCACCUCACGUGGUGGAAAAGGUGCAAAACAGGAAAGUUCUGCAACAGGCAAAUCACAAAAAACAGACACAAAAUCAGAAUCACCUAAGUCACUGGACCAUCACCCUAAAACACAGCCUACAGCCGAGCAGAUGCGUAUAGCCCAGAUCAUUGAAACAAGGCCAGAAGAUCCAGAUUUAAAAGACAAAAUAAAACAGGCAAUGGAUGCCACAAGAAAAAGUGAGGAUGAAGUUGUCACUGCCCUUCACGAUUGUGAUAAUGAUCCUGAUAGAGCAGUUAACAUGCUGUUGGAAGGCAUACCGACUGGUUGGGAAACUACAAGUAAAAAGAAAAAGAAUACACAACCCAGUGCUGCAAAGACAGAAGCAACUGUGACUAAUAGGGACACAGAGCAAGAGGAAUGGGAUCGAGAAGGCGGAGCUGUUCAGGAAAGGGACCGUUCCCGCAUACGGGGUGAGCCUCCACGUAUGAGGGGUGGACGUAAUGAUGCCAGAAGAUGGCGUGGACGUGAAAAUAAAGAAAACGAGAAAAAUUUAGAGGAGAGUCGGGGGGAGGGCUUUUAUCGUGGUGGAGGUGGAGGACGAGUGCUGAAUGGCCCAGGUCGAUCUGGUAGAGGUGGACGAGGUGGAGGUCGCCUAGGUCCUCGUACAUUCCAGAGCCGUGACAAGACUGGUUUCCCUAGGUCUAUAGAUACGUGGAACAACCCCACUGCAGAUGACAGUUCUGGUGGAGAUCCGCUAAAAAUGGAAAAAUGGGGCGAAUUCCCUUCACCGGAAGAUUGGGACAAUGAAGAAUACACUGGUUCACUAGCAGACAGCAAGGUUUUCACGCCCAGUGGUGGUACAGUAGAACCUGUAGUCAACUCUGAACCAGUUAUUCACACACAGGAACCAACUACAGAGUUGUCGUCUGCAUUGACGUAGCAGACUCUUUCAAGCAGUGUGGCAUCUAGUUCAAGCCAGGUGUCUCAGAGCCUAGAAAUACAUCAGUCAACAACAAAUCAGCUGUCGCAAAGUCCAGUUCCUGUAGGUGUCAACCAAUUAAGUUUAACACAGUCUGAGUAUCUGAAUCAAUUAUCACAAGCAACAGAAAACCUAAAAUCUGCUGUUGGCAUUGGCACAAGUACGUCUGCAGGAACUUCCUUUGGGACAACAAGUAGUAGCAGUUACACUGUCUCAUCAUCAUCAGCAUCAUCUUACCAGCCUCCUAGUCCUCCAUCAGGGUUCACAUCUUCAGUAGCGCCAUUUUCUACAUCCAGUUACGUAAGUUCCUCUAGUACGUACAGCCCGCAGAUACAAGAGCAGCCUGCAGAAUCUCCAUCAACCACCACCCAGUCACAAUCCAUACCAACGCGGACGAAAACACAGCGGCCAAGAGUUCCUCCUCCCUCAAAAAUUCCAGCAACAGCAGUUGAAAUGCCUGGUGAUGCUAUUAACAGCAGUAUAGGAUAUGUAGAUGUUCAGUUUGGUGCUCUAGAAUUCGGAAGUGAGACGAACUCUUUUGAAACAAAUUCGGAACAGAACAAGUUUUCCAACAGUGUAUCAAACUCAGUUCUGGAUUCCUUACCAUCGCCUAGAGCUUCCACGAAUCUUGACCUGAGUACAAGUCAAACAUCUGCAUUAGAUGCAUACACGGCAUCCUCAACUCAAAAAUCGAGUCAAAACAGUAUUGCUUCAUCACUCAGUCAAAGUCAGAAGCUUCCAGGUUCUGAAUCUAUUCUCUCUACAUCAGACCACAAAGUUAGCCAGUCCAGUUUCACACAAACAAGGUCAUCGACUGCAUCUACUUUGGACGUAGAUAAAAGCGAAGUGGGCCUACCUUACUCUGCACCCAGUACAGUCACAUAUCAAUCCACUUACCAGAAUCAGAAGUCGUCAUCUUCCGUCUAUCCAACUGCCUCCAGCUAUACACCAUCAAACUACUCGUCUGUACAGGUUACAUCAUCGACUACUACAUAUUCAUCUCAGCAUCAGCAACCACCCCAGCUGAGCUACACCUCCAGUAGUAAUAGUGCAGGCAGCAGCACCAGUUACAGCAGUCAGUCUGUUGCAGCGGCUGCAGCAGCAGCAGCCGCAGCGGCUGCUGCAGCUGCAAACCCAUACCCGGCUGCUGCCAGCUCAUACUCACAGCAAGCAUCAGCAGCUGCUGUGGCUGCAGCUGCUUACCAGCCAGCACCAUAUCCAGGAGUUGUGGCACAACAGACAGCUGCUGCAGCUGCGUUUCCUGCUCAACCAGCAUAUCAGCCUGCACCAUAUGGUACUUCAGCUUUGGCGUCAGCAGCAUAUGCUGGAACAGGUGCAUCUUCGCAGUACCAGAACAAUUAUGGUACACCCACAGGAACCCAAGGACAGGGUCAUGUUAAGUUAGCAUCAGCCCUUGGCACAUCAUCGAAGGAACCCCAGUAUGAUGCAACUACUACUUCAAGCUCCAGCCUUAGUAGUACAAAUGUAACCACUGCCAACAGUGGUCUGUCAUCCAGUGUCAGUGCAGCACCAGCCUUGGGGCUGGUUAGUACUAACCAGACUGUAAACACCACAUCUACCAAAGUUACCAGCUCAACUGGUGUGUCGUUAAUUACUGGAAAGAGCAGUGUUGUGCCUAACAUACCUCCUGGUGUUCCUCCCAUGCUUAGUACUCCACAACACAUAAUGAGCCAAGGUGGCUUACCUUACUUCCAGCAGCCUGUAUAUAGUUUUGAAGAAAUCCAAUUGCUGCAACAGAGGAUACCACACAUGGCCCCUGGCUAUUAUGACAUGAGCUUCCAGGCGCCGACGAGCCUCUCUACGGGGAGGGAAGGUGGCCUUGCUAGUGUAGCGUAUUCAAUGUCAGAUGGCAGGUACACACGAGGUGACAACAAUGCGUCACCUGUACCUUCAACACUUUCACAGCAGAAUGCAACACAGGCACAUCAGCAGCCGAUGUUAAACCCAUCUGCCCUGCCACCUGGUUAUGCAUACUUCUAUUGUGGUGGCAUGAUGCCUGGCAGUUUCCAGUAUGGGACUCCUGCCAUAUAUCAGAUGCCACCUGCCACAAAUGCACAUGGUACGACGACGACAUCACAGUAUCCUAAGCCUGGUACAUACGGGUCUGGUUAUGCAUCUGGCUAUGAUGGGUUGACGCAGAAUCAAGACUAUAGUAAAAGUGGCUAUGUUGCUGGUAGUCAAUCACAGAGUAAGACUGGAGUGGGUGCAAACACUGGUUCAACAGGGUCCUCUGGUGCAGAUCUGAGUGCAACGAUGUAUGGCAAAUCACAUGUUGCUAUAGGGAAAGUUAAUUCAUAUGAUAAACAAGGAUUCCAUUCUGGUACACCACCGCCAUUCAACUUGCCUGGCAGUCAGAGCACACCAAUAGCUCCUAGUGGAGCGUACACACCUCAUCUGUUUAUUCCUGCUAUACCACCACAUCAGCAACAUCACUCAACUACUCUAAUGCACCAGCCAUUGCAUCAGGUUUAGAUGAGGAUGAGAUAGGCACCUGGAGCUGCUGAAAAUGGGACAACGGCAGUGGUCGAAACCACUGGUCACAGACAUCAGCUCAACCCAACAAGUCCAGUGCCAUGCAAACUUAAAGGCCCUCUUACCAGCUCCAUACUGAGAGUCUGAGUACCACUGCCAUAGUCUUUAACAGGUGCUUCGUAAUGGUACAACAUGGCUCACUGUUUUCCAAAUUAAACACUGUUAAUGAGUUCAGUUUUUCAUCCCUUGUUUUAAAUUAAAUAUGCAAUCUGUCCAAAUUAUAGAGCCAUUUCCUAAGGCAAGAAAAUGUUGGAUCAUGACUUAAGAUUUCACUCAUUUUCAUUAUAUUAAUAUUUUGCAGCGCAUGUUCUAAGACUUAAAGUAGUUGUUUGUAUUGUUUCUUCUGUUAAUAGGAUUCAUGGUCUCCAGUAACAGUUCGCAGAUUAAAUUGCAUUGUAUUUUUUGUUAGCUUAAAGUGUAUAGGAAACCUCAAACAUUUUUAAAUGAUUGAAUAGCGGUACCAUCCC